AGUUUAUUGAAUAUCAGUGUUCAAACGUUCAUACUUGUUCUAAUCCAUCCCUAAUAGGGAAUGAUUCGACUCCACUAUCUACGUCCACCGUGCCUACGCUCUGGUCUUAAGCUCUUUCGACGGACAAUUGACUGGCCUCCUAUUUUUAUCAUACACGCUCGCCAUAUCUGCCAUGACUCUACGUCGAUGGACUAAACCAGUUGACGGCACGAUUCCUGUUCAAGCGCUGCUCUACGAUGACGAAGUGCUUUUGGCAACUCAGGACAACGUUGGAGUGUACGAUGGAAACCAGAAGUCGCCGAAUCACCAAUCUGGCACUGUAUACGUAUCGACGCAUAGACUGUUCUACAUUUCCUCUGAACACCGCAGGAGUCGCUCUUUUGUUAUGGAUCUUUCUUAUGUGACCCGGACAGAACACUACGCGGGCUUGUUCAAAUCCUCACCCAAAGUCACCCUGUAUAUUACGAGCCCGACCCUAUCGCCCGAGACCGUGGCCGUAGAUUCUUCAGCAGUGUUCGAAAGUUGGGAGUGCGAAGUCUGUGGAUAUCGCAAUCCUCCAGGCUUGAGCCCUGCUGCCGCUCGGAUAUGUGGGCUGUGCGGCAUCUCGCGCGACUCGGUCCCGGCUCAACAAACUCCACUUUCCAACGCCAUUCCUUCGAGCAGCUCGAUGCCCUCUUUGCAUGAAUCCUCUGAAAUUGCAUGCAGCGCUUGCACUUUUCUUAAUCAUCCUUCACUGCAAGCUUGUGAGAUAUGUGGGACGCCGCUUCCUCGGCCAAGAACUUCGAAGUCUGCGCCGUCAUCCCGACCUGUUUCGCCCGAUCUCAGUGAUGACGAUGCCGGCGAUUCCUCACCCCAGCUUAUCAAGAUCAGUUUCAGGAAGGGCGGGGACAAAGUUUUCUACGGAAUAUUACGCACGUCAUUGAAAGGUAAAGCUUGGCUGAUGGCAGCCACACCAAGUGCAGUAGACUCUGAAGCGAAUCGCAAAGGAAUCAGCGGUAUUCUGAAAGCAGCAGAGAACUCUGCUCAAAAUCGCGUGAUCAAUAUGGAUGCUGCCUUCCAAGACAUCGAGGCCCUCAAAGUCAGGACCAGAGAGAUGGUGCAUCUCGCCGCCGAUCUCAACGAGAAGUUGACUGCGCUUUCCUCCACUGCGGAUCCGGGCGUCACUGUUGAGCCGGAAGAAGCGACGUUCAUCCGGUCGUCGUUGUCGCAACUAGGGCUGCAGAUGACUAAUGCGCCCGUGACUCAGGACAUGAUCACAGAUGAAGAGCGGUGGACGGAGCAACUGGCUCAGGAGCUGUCCGGCGUCCUUCAGGGAAAGACGCGAAACUCUACGGGUUUGAUGCGUGAACGAGGCUUGAUAGCACUCGACGAGGUCUGGGGUGGAUGGAACCGUGCCCGAGGAGUUUCAUUGCUCCCGCCUGCCACUAUGCUCCAAGUGACACCGCUCCUGCCCCGCUUCACAGAGCCACCGAUUCACCUGCGCACGUUAUCUUCUGGUAUGCGGGUGCUGCACACUCCAGCAUUCGCGUCUAUGGCAUUCGCCACACGCCUGAUUGAGGGGAUGACGACAUCAGGCCCGAAAACUGUUGCCCAGAUUGCCACCGAAGAGCGCAUUGCUAUUCCAAUGGCAUCAGAGCUGGUUAUCGGUGCAGAGGCCGAUGGCGACAUCUGUCGAGAUGACGAGGCAUGCAUGAUCACCGGUGGGGGAAACCAAACCCGGUACACAGCUAAUGUAUUUGUCGGAUAUGUUUGGGACGGACAUGCAGUAGAAUCAUGAUCGGAAUCCCCUGUUUUAUGGAAUGUGUGUUCACGCGACCGGA